AUGCUUUCCAGCAGUAUCCGAAGUUCCGUUUCUUUAUUGGGUGAUCCCGCUACGCUCUCGCAGGGCGGUCGCACAGAUUCGCAGCGGCAAAAUUUGUAUCCGUACCCCAUUGGUCCAAAGGGUCAUAGGUUACUCGCUAUCCGCCUGCCGCAUCCGCCAGCCGCUCCAUUGGUUUAUCCCGUCCUCUGGCAGCGAGCUCAAUGCGACAUACCCCCCUUUGCAGUCGAUGAUGUUGAUGGUGUCCAAUGUCUUCCUUCCGAUGACAGGACCGACGGUGGUCGUCAUUAUCCGCGUUCCCGCGAAUCGACGGACCUUCACCUCCCUGUUGUGGGCAUCUCGAUUCGAAGCGGCGGUGCUAUCAACCCCGAGCAUAGCACGAUCGUCCAGGACCCCCGACAAUUGGCGGAAAUGCCUGAUCCUGAGGGGCCAAAAAUGUCCGUUGGUAGAAGCCGGUUUUUGGCCUGA